UAGAAUUAUGCAGUACUUCACUCUAACAAUAAAUAAAAGUAAAUUUUCAGUGCCAUAGAAAAAAAGUUAGAGCCCCAGUCAAAAAAAAUAAACUUCAAGCUUUUUCUUAAGCCUAAGAGGGAAUAAGUAAGCAGAUGCAAUCGAUUAAAGAGAAGUUCUUUAUUCCCUCAAUUAAAAAAUAAAUAAAGCUCUUUAUAAAUAGGUGAAAUUUUGUUGGGACUGAAGCUGGAAUAUAUAGACACAACAGAGGCACAACACGGUCACAGUGUCAUCCCCUCCAAAAAUAGAUCACACACACACACACACACUGCUCAAUCCUCAUCAUUUUCCUACUUGUCGAUCUGUGCCACACAGGAAAUUAGUUUAGCAAUGAAGCACAUUAGUCAUCCAGGGCACCUGUUAGAAUUAAAAGAGGAUAAUGUUAUUAGAGAGAAUGCUAUGUGCUAUGUUUGUAAUAAAACAGUUAUAGGCACUCCUACAUACACUUGCACUAGUAAAAGUGUUAGUUGUCAAAGUUUCUAUCUGCACAAGAGCUGUGCAGAAUUACCCCCCAAAAUCAAUCACAAUAAGCACAGGCAACACCCCCUUGCUUACCUACCAUGUGAGGGAAACUUUUGUGAUGUUUGUUAUUGUUAUCCAAAGUUCGCUUAUUCAUGUUUAAACAGCGACUGUGACUUUGAUGUGUGCUUGUCUUGUGCUUUUGAGGAGAGAAUGUAUCAGCAUGAAGGUCACGCGGAGCACACAUUAACAUUGGUGCAGAGGGUAGCUUUGUUUACAUGUGAUGCUUGUGGAGAGGAAGAUAAAGACUUAUCCUAUAUAUGCAACGUCUGUCAAUUUUGGAUCCACAGGAGAUGUGCCUCGUCACCAUUACAUAUUUCUGUUUUAGCUUAUCACCAUCACCCUCUUACUCUUAUCUACGCCAUUCCUGACAUGCACAGGUACUUCAGCCGAUACUGCACCAUCUGUGAUGAGAAAAUUCACGUAAACAUGUGGAUGUAUUAUUGUCACAGAUGCACAUAUUUUGUGCACAUGAAAUGUGCUGCAUCCUCGGAGACGGAAUCUAUGUUAAAUGAGAUUAAUUCAGGCGGCAUUGAAGCUAAAUUGGCUGAUUUGGUACGAUUUCCUCGACGCAGCGAGGAAUCAGUGUUUGAACUUAUCCUAACCCAGUGUGAAAAGUUUCGAGUUGAAGUUCAAGGUAAAGGAAAAAACAGUAUCACUGUAUCAACAAUACCUAGUGAUCCACACACGAUUGAAGAACACUGGAGCCACAAGAUCCAUCCACUAGAAUUGCUCCGGUUUACUAUUAGCGAGGAUGAUGAUAUUGAUGACAGUCAAACGUUGAUAUGUGAUGGGUGUAUUCAACCCAUAACUGUUUUUCAUCCAUAUUAUUACGCUUGUAACCAGUGUAAUUUUUUUCUCCACUCAUUCUGUGCCAUAAAGUUACCUAUGGAGUUGCCUGCAGGAGCAUCUCUGUGUCACCCACAACACCUGCUCUUGCUUCGGAAGAGGGAUAUAUUCUAUGAACUUGUGGAAUGUGGAGUUUGCGCCUACUUCACAAACGGAUUCUACUAUGAAUGUGAGACUUGUGAUUUUAAAGUUGAAAUCCGUUGUGCAUUUGCGCCCUUAAGGAUAAAUCAUACAUCUCACAGGCACUACUCCCUUAUUAAGCGCCCAUUCUCAGGUUCAAGGUGUAACCUAUGUAGAUUUAAUAUUUCUGAAGGCAUUGAGUAUGCAUGUGAAACUUGUGAUAAAUUCCACAUUCAUUGGCAGUGUGCACUUUAUCCAAGUCAAAUGAAACACAAGUAUGAUCCUCACUCCGUAACCUUGGAGUACCCUCCGUUUUUCUACGAGGGAGUAUUUCACUGUGAGGUAUGUGAAAAUCAAGUUAACAACCAGUUGAUGCUCUAUCAUUGUCGUGCAUGUGAUCAUUCUUUUCACUUUAAUUGCCUGCGUUCGCGCAACAGCAUCAAGUUUGGAGGGACCGUUGAGCUUAAGAUUGACAAUAAACUUCAUACACUUGCAUUUGUUGUAAAGAGAAGUACAGGAAAGACUGAUCCUGAUCACUAUUGUAGAUCUUGUGGAACAGGCUACGAGUAUUAUUGGUUCUUUGAAUGUGAUGGUUGUGGAUAUCUGCUCUGCCAUCAAUGUGCGUUUGAGAAGUUGAACAAGUAACAAGUCAUCAAACUUUUGGUGUUUGUUGUACUUUCCUCUGCUUAAUAUCAUUGUGUUCUUUUUUUGCUUAAUAUAUGUGCAACUUGUUGUAAAAGUUUGUUUGGUUCUUCCAUUCCUGUGUUAGUUUAUGAAAGCGAAGUAGACAUCUGUACUUUCUUGGAUGGACUGGAUCUCUGCACUUGGGCUUUCUUAAGAAGCCCAAGAAACUAAAUUAGCAAGAAUUUAAAAAUAUAUGAAAAAAAAAAGCACAACUGGAUAGCACCAAAGAGUGAGUUUAUCCUCUGUUGUUCCUGCAGACCCCGGUUCAACUCUGUUCAUCCAAAAUAUUAGAACAGAUGUUAUUUUGUAAGCAUAUAAGCUUGUUGUAAAAAAUGUAAAAAACCCUAAAAAUAAUUAUUUCCCCGGAUUGGGCUUUAGGCCAUUGAGGACAAUUAGUCAUUAUUGUGGGUGUUUGGCCCCCCUUAUAAGUUGGACUUCUCGACUUAUAAGUUAGAAGCACUUAUUUCGUACCGUUUGUGUAAGAAGUCAAGAAGCACUUAAAAAAAGUUAGGAAUGCUAGCUUUUGUUUCAGGGCUUCUACUUAUUUCCCAAACACUUUAAUCACUUAUAAGUCUUAUCUUGCUUCUAACUUCUACUCCACUUAUUUAUUUUAAGUAAUAAGCACUUAUUUUAAACUCACCCAAACGGCCCCAAUAUCUCCUGAACGUAGCUAUGGGUAUCACUAUCCUCUCACUCCUCUCUUGGUGGAAAGGCGCUAAAAACCCCUCAUCUUCGUCCCAAAUUAAACCCGACCCGAACACCCAAACACAAACCCGAAGUUCCGGGCAUGAACGGCGCAGCAACCCGACCCGCUCCGGUAUCAGGCAUCACCGUCUUUGAAUUCGGGUAGGUUGCAAAUUCAACUGAUAAGGUCACUCUUGCAGGGUACUGCCCUGCUUCCGAUGAUCUCGGGCCUUGCCGCUCGGAGAUUCUGAAGGCAACUGAUUACGGGGCGCCGCAGUUUUGUAUUGUCUUUUGAACUAAAUUUGAAUUAGAGUUUGUUUAAGGAAACCCUUUUGUUGGUUUGUUUGAUAUAUGGUUGAAAUUGAGAAUUGGGGUUUUGGAUGAUGUGAUACGAAACGAGAAAAAAUUCGGGUUUGUUGGGUGUGUUUAAGAGCUUAAUCGAUUGAGUAAUAUGACAAUUUGAUCGAAAUGCAAUGUUUGUUUUGUGUUA